AUAGUAUUACUAUGUCUAUGGAUAAGACCCUUGAAUCGAAAUAUCCGUUAUCGAUAAAAGACAGAAUAAUCGAUUACUGUACCCCUUAUCAAUGCUCUGUGAUUUUAACCAUACAAUAUAUUCAAAUUAAUAUUUUUAAAUCAAAAUACUAUUACAUGUAAACCAAAAAGAAAAUAAUUAUUAAUACAUGCUAUUAUCUGGCAUUUAUAAUUCACAGCUUUUGUUAUAAUGGAAAAUAAGAAAGAACGAAAUUUGAAGAAUGUUGAAGAAAUUCUUUCUUUAGCGAAACUAUCCCCUCGAGAAUUAAAACCAGUUUUCCAAGCUUUGUUUUUUACGGAUAAAAACUUACAUCAACAUAAUUAUAAAUUGUUACAAUUGGAUUCGCAAUUAUUAGAAGAAAUAAAUGUGGGAUCCAAAUUAUAUUUCAAAGGGGAAAAAGAUGAUGAAGUCGUUAUAUGCUCAGAUACAAAAACAUUUCAUGUUGUAGAAGCCGAAACCUCUAAUAGCUUAUUGUUAACACAUGGUGCAAAAUUUAAUAAGGAUAUUGAAGAUGAUGUAGAGUCCACAGUUAGAGAUGUGACUGUAGCAGGAAUAUUUUAUGAUUACUUGGAAACAACAUUAAAUAAACCACAUUUAAAGAAAAUCGACAAGUUACUAGAAAAUUCUUUAUACAAAGGACCAGAAUAUGAAUGUGAUGUAGACAUUAAAAAUUUAUUUACUUUUGAAGAAUUGUGCGACAAGGUACAAGCUUCUAUUGAAGAAAUAAAAGAAGCGUUAAACUCAAUGACUGUUGUAGAAAUAAAUGGAAAAAUUAGAACGUUAGAUCUUGAGUAUCAUUUCCGGGUAUUAACAUAUAUGCUUAAAUUAAUUGAUGAAAAUUCAUGGGAACUUGAUGAAGUUGAUUUCCAAGAAACUUUAGAUUCAUUACAAACUUUAGUUCCCAAAGAGAUUCUCGAAAGUUUAUUUGAAAAAUAUACUGAAGAAUCAAAAGAAAUUGAUGGAAUACCUUUAUAUAAAUACAGAGAAGAUAGAGUGUGUACAUUUUUUGCUCAAGUUUUAUUACAUCAGACUGGAAAAUUUAAUUUAGAUGAAUUUCUGCAAGCUUGGAAAGAGUCUGUGCCUGAAGGUCUAAAAGCAACAGAGGAAAUGUUAUAUGGAAUCGCCAUUAUUGAUAGAAAAUCAGUUCCUAAUACUAUAAGGGCUUUUGAAGAGAGCAGCUUACCAGAAAAUAUAAAUGAAAGAUUUAAGAUUUUGUUCAGUGCUAAAGAAAAAUGGACUGUGCCAGAAAUAUCACCUUAUAUCAAGCGUUUGACAACUGAGAAACUGGAUGUUAAUGCUUUAUUAGCGAAACAUGCUAGAGCUUCAAAAGUAGAUGGAAUUAAAUACUAUUCUGCAAAGCAUGGGAAGUGAAGUCCAAUAGGAAUUAAAUUUUGAGUUACAAUCUGAGUUUGAAUUAUCAAAUAUAAUAAAACCAAUCGAAAAUAUGGGAAAACUUAUGGGAAAUACCAACAAAAAAUGAAUAGAACUCAUUUGUUUGUUAUAGUGCCUCAUAAAGGGCAAUAGAAAAUUGUUUUAUAUUGUUGUUUAACAUAAAGCUUUUUUCAUAUCUCCAGCAAUAGUUUUAUGGAUUUGAAUCAUUUGUUUAAAUCUCCUAUACUCGUGAACAAAGAAUUGACUCAAGUCAUACACUCAUAUUCAAAAGUCUAGCAGAAUAUCUGUAGAUUCCAUUCUUUCUCCGAUUUUAGCAACUCAAAGCCUUUAGUCUUAGCUUUAUAAUGAGUGGUCUAUGUUGUUAUCGAGUUACUUUUUUGGCAAAAAAAAAUAAAAUGGAAAGGAUCAUAAACAAUGAAAAAGGAUUACAAUAGUAAAGAAAAUACAAGCUUAAAUUCGUCAAAAUAAUAAUUUAUUUAGAAUUAUCUUAUGAAUAUUUAGUAUUUUUUCUUCUGGUCCUACUAACAGCUUUCAACCGCUUUUUUAUGGAUCGAUUAAGUUUAUUUACUUCUGAGGGACCCUAGUCCGAAGAAGUAUGUAAAUUUCCAUAUGACACCCUCUAUAUCGUGCUACCAUCUCAUAGUCAAGCGUGAAAAUCUGUUAUCCUCUUCAUUGCCAUUACAUUCUCCAAAUACAAAUAAUGACCGUUACUUAUGAAUGAUUUUGAAGAACUACUGUUGACGUUUCGAGUUAGCAAUCUUGUUUCAAUUUAAAUUUAAAACGCCGCAAUUCUUAACUAAUUAUUUCCCAAACAUUGAAAACAAGUUUUCGAAAGCUCAGAAUAUAUUAGAGUUAGUACACUUUGGUGUUUAGUUUUGCCACAUUCCCACAACGAAAACGCUCUUGUAUAAAUAUAUAUUUCAAAAUGACAAAAUUAUUUUUUUUAUAAUUUAGUAUUAAAUUAUAACAUGUUUUGACACAUGAAAAGAGAGAAAAGUCAAAUGUCAAAUCAACCUUGAAAUUAAAAAUAACAAAUAUUAAAAUAAUCUUCCUCUAGCAGUCUGGAUUUCGAUAGAUUUUGUUAUAGAAAAAAAUCAUCAAUUUAUAAUUGUAAAGAAAAUAAUUGAAAAAUUGUAAAAAUUUAGUUAUUAGGAUAAAUAAGUACUGAGAUCAUUGGUUAUAAAUCAAACUAAAAUUUUAAAAUAUAUUUUAAAUAAACAUUUAAAAUAUUGACAAAUUGUACGAUAUGUGAACUAUUGAGAGAGACAGUGAACCAAAAGUUUAUUUUAAAAGUUGUAAUAUAAAUGUCAAUAUAUGUGGUUUUUGUAAAAA